GUGUUACUACAGGGAUGGUAGAGCCUUUUCUUGAAGGACUUUCGUUACAGGAAGCAAUGGAUGGCAACCGGAUUUUUAUGGUUAACCUUGAAAUUUUAUCUAGAUUAGACCAUGAUCAGAUUCCUUCUCCAUUUGCAUUGUUCUUUCUGAACGGUAAGAAGAAUCUGAUGCCUAUUGCUAUACAGCUUUUCCAACAAAAAGGAGACGAUAAUCCGGUAUUCUUACCCAGCGAUCCCUGGUAUACCUGGUCACUUGUUAAAAUGUGGUAUAAUAAUGCAGAGGCCCAGUACCAUAGGGCUUGUUCCCUCAUCGGAUACACGCAUCUGUUUAUCGAAGCCGUCGCCGUGGCAACCCAUCGAAAUCUUUCCCCCUCACACCCAGUCUUUCGCUUGCUUGCUCCAUUCAUCCGGGACGUCAUACCCCUUAACUGCUUUGAACUCAAUGAGCUGCUUGCACCAGGAUCAUGGGUCGACAAAGUAACGACUUUAGGAUCACAAGGCACCUUGAACCUACUCUCACUAGGGUGGCAAGAAUGGCGGCUUGACGUCCAAGGAUGUUUACCUAAGGACCUCAGUACCAGAGGGGUAGAUAACCCGGAAGUCUUGCCUGACUAUCCAUACCGUGACGACUCGCUCCCUCUCUAUCACUCCAUAGAGAACCUAGUACGCACUAUAGUCUACAAUAGAUAUCUUGAUCCUGAUAUCUUGAGAAACGAUUCUGAGCUAUCGGCGUGGUCACGUGAGCUGGCAUCUGACGGGAGCGAUGGCUGCAGUAUCAAGGGUAUCCCAGGAGAUGGGCUGAUAUCUACUCCAGAUGAGCUAGUCUUGGUCUUGACCUCGAUCAUCUUCGUGUCAACAGUCGGUCAUUCGGCUGUUAACACACCACAGUACGAAGAAUACGGAUAUCUGCCGAACUACCCAGCGGUACUUCGGGGGUCUCCCCCUAGGGAUAAGAGCUGGCGCGAGGAGAGCGCAAUCUUGGCUUGUCUUCCGUCCAAGAGCGUUUCACUUGACAUAAUGCUUAUCACAAAAUUGCUGUCUGAGAAACACAGCUAUGGUCUGUCCAACCUGGGUGCACAAUACAUGUAUCACCCGGACGAUGUUAAAGCUUGGGAAAGAUUCAUUGACGAUCUCAGAGGGAUCGCACACACCAUCCAGGACAACAACAGGAAGCGCAGUACGGUCUAUGAUUAUAUCAAUCCCAUCAAAACAUUAUGAUAAAACAUUGUAUUCUCUCGUGACGUUCAGGGAAGUGUUUAGUGUCGCUUAGAUUUAAUGUGGGCACACUCCGAUUUGGAUCACUCAUAAAGUAAAAAGGUCAAAUCAAUGGCCCAGUUAUGGAGCCGAUUUUAUUGAUUUAGCUAGGUCGAAGGUACCUCCAGAAAGUUUACGUCUUCAGUAUCUAUUUCUAUACACUAGAGUGCUUACCAUAAAUUCGAGAAAAAGUUAACUAGCAAAAUUGUACAAAGUAGUGCAAAGUUUUGUAGGUCUACAGUCUACUGGGGUCUACUGAACUUACUAAUUUGUGAACUUAUAAUACACUGUACAAAAUUACUCGAUUCUGAUUGGACAAGAGGAGUAAAAUUACAUCCCAAAAUGGUACUCUGUAGAGUCCCAAUUAAGUUGCUCAAUUUCGUUUAGUGUAUUAUAAACAAAAAAUCUCACAAUCUGCUCGUACAAUUCGAAAUUUAUAGAUACUCGUGAUGUUUUGAAAGUUCUCAACACUCGUACCUAUAAAUUGAUGGGUAGCAAGCAUUCCCAACAGAGUUAAAAGACAAAAACAUGGCGGCCAUUGUGGUGCCGUUAACAAUGGAUGCUAAUGGGUGAUCUUUUGUUAAAUGGUACCAACAUGGCCGCGAUGACGUAACGUGCAAACGAAGAAUUCCGAAUUGUACUCGAGGUCGUGCGAUUUUUUAUACAAAUGCCUUGCAAUUUUAUUACAAAGUUUUUUCACGGACGAAAUAUAGUAUUCACCUAAUACAUUGUUUGGCAAACAUGCAAACUUUGUUGCAAUUUCAUUUUUAGUUUUGGAGAUAUUUGAGGACAGAUUUCAGUUAUUUCUAUAGGUGUUGGGUACCGGUUUGCCCCACCCCUCCCCCCCUUGUGUCCCGUCAGUCUCGUGCGCAACUGUUAAACAAAGAAAUGAUACUCAUGGGAAUGACACGUGGUCUGAAACGGGAAAACAUUACGGCAAAGGUAAAGAGGUAAAUUGGUAACCAAUGUAUGUAACAUUCUUUUCUUUGAUUGUUUUGGUCACUAAAAACGAGAAAAUUUUAUCGUUUUUGUUAUUGUAAAAAAAAUGACAUC